AUCCAAUGCUUUAGUGAUGAUGCUGCUGAUCUAUUUGGGAAGUUGGCUGGCUCUCAAGGCAGAGUCUCUUCUCAAAGGCUGUUUCACAGUGAAAAUAUGCUCAGUGCAGCCGAGUGCAUGAAUGAAAAAGCCUCUGGUACCUUCUAGUCUGGCAAAAUGCAGCACAAAACUCAACUUACUCUGUCUUUUCUGCUGUCCCAGGUUCUGCUGCUUGCAUGUGCAGAAGAUUUAGAAUGCAUCCCUGGAUUCCAGCAAAAGGUUUUUUAUAUUGAACAGCCAUUUGAAUUCACAGAGGACCAGCGAGUUCUGAACCUGGUGUUUGAUGACUGCGAGGGGAAUAACAAAUUGAACUUCGAAGUUUCUAACCCAGACUUUAAGGUGGAACGUGAUGGGUCUUUAGUUGCACUAAAGAAUGUAUCAGAAGCUGGCAGAGCCUUGUUUGUCCACGCACGGUCUGAGCAUGCAGAGGAUAUGGCAGAAAUUUUGAUUGUCGGAGCAAAUGAAAAACGUGGUGCAUUAAAGGAAAUCUUUAAGAUAGAAGGCAACCUUGGAAUUCCAAGACAAAAAAGGGCUAUUUUGGCAACUCCGAUAUUAAUUCCAGAAAAUCAAAGACCACCGUUCCCCAGAUCUGUUGGCAAGGUCAUCAGGAGUGAAGGGACAGAGGGAGCAAAGUUUCGACUCUCUGGUAAGGGAGUAGAUCAAGACCCAAAAGGAAUUUUUAGAAUCAACGAGAUCAGUGGGGAUGUCUCUGUGACCCGAGCCCUUGACAGAGAAGCAAUUGCCAAUUAUGAGCUGGAAGUUGAGGUCACAGAUUUAAGCGGAAAAGUCAUUGAUGGGCCAGUCCGCCUAGAUAUUUCCGUUAUUGAUCAGAAUGAUAACAAACCAAUGUUCAAAGAAGGACCCUAUAUUGGUCACGUCAUGGAGGGAUCCCCUACAGGAACAACUGUGAUGCGUAUGACAGCAUUUGAUGCUGAUGACUCUAGUACAGACAAUGCUCUUCUGCGAUAUAACAUCAUCAAACAGACACCCAUCAAACCAUCUCCAAACAUGUUCUAUAUUGACCCAGAGAAGGGAGAUAUUGUCACAGUGGUGUCACCUUCAAUGUUGGAUCGUGAGACUAUGGAAACCCCAAAGUACGAGCUGGUUAUAGGAGCUAAGGAUAUGGGAGGUUUUGAUGUGGGGCUAACUGGAACAGCAACUGCCACUAUUCUUAUCGAUGACAAAAAUGACCAUCCACCAGAAUUUACCAAGAAGGAGUUUCAGGCCACAGUAAAAGAAGGAGUCACAGGUGUAAUAGUAAACUUAACUGUAGGCGACCGAGAUGACCCAGCAACUGGAGCGUGGAGAGCUGUCUACACCAUUAUUAAUGGAAAUCCAGGACAGAGUUUUGAAAUCCAUACCAAUCCCGAGACUAAUGAGGGAAUGCUCUCUGUUGUCAAACCUUUAGAUUACGAGAUUUCAGCAUUCCACACAUUGCUGAUCAAAGUAGAAAAUGAAGACCCACUGGUUCCAGACAUAGCCUAUGGCCCCAGUUCCACAGCAACCGUUCAGAUCACUGUUAAGGAUGUGAAUGAAGGCCCUGUUUUCCACCCGAACCCAAUGACAGUGACAAAACAAGAAAACAUCCCUAUUGGCAGCGUCGUGUUAACAGUAAAUGCCACUGAUCCAGACACUUUGCAACAUCAGACUAUCAGGUACUCAGUUUAUAAGGAUCCAGCAGGCUGGCUAGAAAUUAACCCUACCAAUGGUACCAUUGGCACCACUGCUAUCCUGGAUCGGGAAUCGCCUUAUGUUCAGGACAACAUAUACACCGCUCUCUUUCUGGCAAUAGACAGUGGUAACCCUCCCGCUACAGGUACAGGAACUUUACACAUCACCUUGGAGGAUGUCAAUGACAAUGUCCCAUCCCUUUAUCCAACACUGGCAAAAGUCUGUGAUGAUGCAAAAGAUCUCAGAGUAGUGGUACUAGGAGCAUCAGACAAAGACCUUCAUCCCAACACAGAUCCAUUUAAAUUUGAACUGAGUAAGCAAUCCGGCCCAGAAAAAUUGUGGAAAAUCACCAAGAUUAACAAUACUCAUGCCCAGGUCAUCCUGCUUCAAAACCUGAAAAAGGCCAAUUACAACAUCCCAAUCUCAGUGACAGAUUCUGGAAAACCACCUCUGACUAACAACACGGAACUGAAAUUACAAGUGUGUUCCUGCAAGAAAUCCAGAAUGGACUGCAGUGCAACUGAUGCACUUCAUAUCAGCAUGACCCUGAUCCUUCUUUCACUCUUCAGUUUAUUUUUCGUUCAGCUGAAUUUAUCAGAUUAGAGCAUCAGAAAAUACAUUUCCAGACUGCAGGUCUGUAAGAACUCCUGACAUUUGAAGCUGUCCUACCGUGUUGCCAUGGCAACAAGAAAAAAGGAAACGUCAGAUCUGAAGACUGCAGUUUACAGUUACUGUUCUUCACUACUAGGCCUCAGUUGCUCCAGAUUCAGUUUAAUUUGCAACCUCACAAUCUGUCCGACUAUACAUUGGUGUUUGACAGCCUCUACCCUAACUUCCAUUUAUUAAUGGACUCCUCUUGCAAGACGCAAGUGUUAUGUGACUUUUCACUGAAUGUUAAAAGACCAUGACAUCUAAACUUGACCUUCAGGGAGCAGAAAACAGAUUGACUCCAUUUUUUUCUAACUGUUGACUUGUUGCUAUUCAACUGUUCAGAAAAUAUUUUGUCUGUGGUUUAGUAUUUGUAUAUGUAUGAGUGUAUGUAUAUAUAUAUAUAUUUAUAUGGAGAGAAGAGUUAUAGGACUGGUUUAGCUUUUAUAAAAUAUUCAUCUGGACUGUGCAAGUGACAAAGCAGAAUAAUACAGCCACAGAUGAAUUGUAACUAUUCUGUAUGGCUAAACCUACUGUAUUUGCUGUUUAUGGUGUGGCCAGAAGGAGAGAGCCUAUUGCAAGCAUAUCACUAAAAGAGCCUCUUUGUUGACACCAAAUGAAGCAGGCCCAAGGCUCUGCAGCAGCACUUCUUGUACCUCAGGUUCAGCAAACAGGAAAUACAAGUCCUCCUGGCUCGUUUCUGAUCCGGGUUUCUUUCCUUAUGCCCCAAUUGGAAUUUAAGAUCCCCCAGGAGCACAGCUCUUUGCCUCCCCUUGCAGCAGGAGCAGUGCCAGGAGGUGAGACGAGCUCAGAUUUGUGAGACAGUGGGGAGCAGCCAGCUGCAACUGGCUCUGUGUGGGUCGCUAUUGACAGCGGUGGGACAUGAUGGGCCUGAUUUUUUAAAGGGGGUAAAGUCUGCUUCCUUUAUGUUCCUGCAGAUAUUUAUUUGCUGGGGCAAUUUACAAAAUUUAAGUCUUUUGUCAGUUCUGCAGACACAGUUAAGUCAGUAGAUGUCUGUAUGACAAGCUGAUCAGAACAGCAAAAGCAAGGUAUUUCUCAGAAGCACUGGUCUCUCUCUCAGCCUCUGUGCAGCUGUCAUCACACAUAUAAGCACAAGGAGGAAAACAGAUACCCUAUUAUAUAAAUAUAUUCACAUAUAUAUAGUUUUGAAUAUAUAUAUACAUACAUACACAUGUACACACAGUUUCCAGUUAAGAGUAACAAGACCAUUUCUUUGUGUGCAUAAACUUACCACACUUGUUUGCAGACAUGGGAAAAAAGGGUGUUCGUUACAUAGGAAUAUGAAUCCUUUUAUAUUCUGUGAGCAUGUAAGGCUGAAAAAAAAAAAAGAAAAAAGAAAAAACCUAACUGUAUCAAGAUGAUCAUCUUGUUAAUAAAUUGUAAAUGAUCCAUCAAAGCUCACACCAAAUUUUUAUAAAUUUAACACAAAAAGUAUACUAGUGACAGACUGUGGCUUUUAUUAGAGCUUGCCAGUAACUAGGGUAAGGUAAGUGUCUUAGAAUAUUUUAAUAAACUUGCUUAUUUAAAGUUUAAACAAGAAAGCUUCCUUAUGCAAUAGAACUUUGCAGCUGCAUUCUUUAGUUAGCAUUUUUACAGUACUUAUGAGUCAUACUGUAUGUCGUCUUUACUACAGUGAGAUUAUGAGCAUAUCUUCCACAUCACAUAUAUGUUUCAAUAGUAAAGCUUUUUGGAAACAUUAAAAACUCCAAACAUACAUUUAGUUUUCCAUAAUGCUACACUAGAUAUUAAAUGUGUGUUGGUGGUUAAAAAUUGCUGUACAAUAGCUUUUCUCUGACUUCCUGUAUUGUACCAAAUAUGACAACAGAUUUUUGUUUUGUUUUUAUUCAAAAGGAGUAAUAACAAUGGCAACAGAGGAAAAAUUAGUUUGUGAAUUAGUUUGUGCCAUGAGUUUCCCUAUCAUUGUAAAUUUCUUGAUAAGAUACAAGCUGCCUUCAAACAAGAACCUGUUUUUCUCUUCCAGCUUAACUCUUGCAGUCCUGGACAAGUGAAAUUUCCCACUGACCUUGUUUCUCUUGCAGCACGCUCUUGGUGUUUCGCUUCCCACAGUGGUGCUUUGAGGUUAGUAGGAGUUUCUGUUGAGCAAGGACUUCAGGAGUGGGCUGUUAUGCAGCUGCAGGCAUUUAAAAAGGAAGUGCCUGAUCUCAAACAUUAACAUGGGCAUGCUUCUAGUUCUCUUUCUCUGCCCAUGCCUUGUAGUAAUCAUGUGCUGCUGCUUUAUCAUCAGCAGUCAUGUCUUAUAAAAAAAUAAAAAUUUUAGGCAAUGUUUUCAAAAGGAAAAAAAAAAAUCAACAAAUGCCUAACACUACUGGAUUUUCAGGAUACAUAUUUAGUGAUUUCAUCCAAAUGCACCCAAAGAUGAACUGCACCCUCCACUUUGAUCUACAAAACCUCUAUCUUGAAUAAAAGAAAUGAUAAUAUCCUCCCCCCACAAAAUACUCUUUUUCUACUUGCUUUCUUCCUCUUUCUAUCAAGCAAAACCCACCUCCGGAAAAGACACCCAAUGCCAUUAGUGUCAUUUCUAUCAAGUACCAGAUAAAGCUACCCUUUUCUAAUUUACACCAAGGUUCACGUAGCAUUUGGUGGAUCAUUCCAAGGGCAUCCAAAACCAGGAACAAAGAAAAAAUUUUACCUGGAACUGCACUAACAAUGGAUAGACUCUUUCUACUAAUUUGUGCCCAAGGACAAGAAAUCUUUCUUCUCAGAUAAUACUGCAACCUUUUGACAUGUAGAGAAGUCAGUACAAUGGCUGAAACUCUGAAUCAAGAUGCAUCAAAGGCUUUAAUCACCAUUAUCACUUUAUCACUCCAACCAAAUUAAAGUUGCCCAUCCUUCACUGAGUAUCUCUUUAGGCCUCAGACUGAGCUAAUCACUGGACUACCUAAGCACUCAAAGAGAAGAUGAAGCUGCCAUGUUAAUGUUUCUCCACUGUACCUGAGAACCAACACUGUUUAACAAGUGACUGUGUCACUUUCUGUGGCAUUAUACAAAUGAGGAACUGCAUGAGAAUCUGAAUUUUCUUACCUGAAAAGAAGCUCAAAAAAUUAUAUUCAUUUCCUGAAACAAAGGAGAAAUAAUAAUUUAUUAGUUUCUAACACUAUCAUGAAAAAGCAGAGAGUUUGCAAAAUUAGUUGUCUUUUUUUUUUUCUUUUUAGUUAAUUAUGUUUAACAUGUGUUCAGCCAAGCUUGCUGUUUUUAUAAUACAGCGCUGAUUUCUACCUAGCUAUUUUGGUCACUACAAUGUUUAUUUCAGCCUAUGUUUGCAGACAUACAAUGCUGUCUGGAGUCAGAAAGACAGUGAACUUGAUUUUUUUUUGUUUUGAAACAUGCAUAAAAUGUCUUGUGCAAAAAUCAUUUCACUUUAAAAGAGUAUCUGCUGUUAAAACACAAAGUGGGUAUAACAAUCAGCAAGAAGUGUUCAUUAGCAAGGUAAAGGUCUAAUUUGUGGUGUACUUGCUAAUUGAACUCUGUCUGUACACCUCAUGCACGUACUCACGAUAUGCUUAUGUGCAUUUAUUAAUGUACAUUUUGUUCAGUAACUGCAGGUCUGAAGAUUCAAACAAAGGGAAACCAGCUGAAAUUUCCUACUGGUUAGCAAGGAAAAUUAGGUAAGAGUGGAACACUGGCUAAUAUACUUUCUGAGACCCAUUCUCAUCUCACUUACACUGGUGUAAAUUAAAGAGCAACUCCAUUACUAGGCUUGUUUGAGCUUCAGUUAGUUGUAUUUAGAUGAAAUUUUUAAUUUAAACCCCUCUACAUAUUGUUUUUACUGGUCUGCUGUGAACAGUAAAGCACAGAUGACUCACUUCCUUCACCAACCACUUUAACAUGUCUCUAAGGAACCCAGCAUAAUUUGGUUUAACCUUUAUUUGAAGUGGCUGUGGCCUGUAGUCAAGUAAUUUGUCCUGGUCUCUCGUGUAGUCAUUUAAGUUAGGGAUCACUGUAAUACAAUCCUCAUUUGUUAAAUUGUGGGCUUACAAUCAGUUCAUAGGAACCUAUGUUAAAUGUUUUAUCACUACAAAAGGAAAGAUGUUAUAGUAACAACUUUCACAUCAUUGGUCUUUCCUUUGCAAGACUCCUUGCUGAAACACUGAGAAAAAUGCUGGGUUUUGUCUCAAUAGUGCACUUAGCCAUUUGAGACACAGCAGAAUUUUGUACACAAAUAAUUUUACAUCACUCCUUAUCCAAAAGCCAAGUUUCUUUCUGAAUGGGUUUAAUAAUUACUCAUAUAAUUAAAGUUUAAAAAACCAAACAAAAAAUAAAAACACGAUAAAUCAUAUUAAACAGUCAGCUUGAGAACAGCAAGUCUAGGACAAAACUCUGAUCCUAUCUUUCCUUUGUUGCAUCUCUAGAGACUCGGUUGUCUGAGAGAUAUGCUGGCCAAUGGUGAUAAAAUGAGAAAUAACUAAAAUAAUAAUAAUUUUCUAUUAACUCUGUGAUCUAUAAUAUUUAGAGUUAACAAACAAAGGAUUUCAGUAGUAGUUAUAACAGCUAUUCUCUUUAAAGCAGAUAUAGCUGACUAUUUAACUGUGUAAACCAUAUAACCCGUUGACUACACUGUUUUCACAUCAAGAUAUACUAGUUGGUUUAUAUUUGUCCAGAUGAAAUGGAUACACUCAUCCACUCUCUGUGGAAAGUUAUUAGUUGCACAAUUGCUAUGUGUGUGUAUAUAUGUAGAUAUAUAGAGAUAUACACAUACAUAUAUAAAUAUAUAUAUAUAUACUAUAUGCAGAUGGAGACUAAUACAACAUGGGGACUCGGAAUAAGUAGUUUAAUCCAAUGAUUCACGGAUGAGUUAAGAGAUAGCUUGUGUUACGUAUGCCAAACCAGUCUGAUUACAAAAAAAAAAAACAACAAAUUCCACACACUGAAAUCCAGGCUUAUUCCAACUUUCAUGUUGUAUUUAUGCUACCUUUAGCUGUCCCCUCUUAAUAAAAUUUAUACCAUUUGAAGAUAUCUAUAAUUAUUUACCAACUCUUUUUUUUUUUUUUUCUUUUUCCUUGUCUACAUAUCAGCUGGUCAUCAAAAGUGGAAAGGGAAGGGUUUAGAGCCAGAAUUCUGCAUUUCUCUGCUUUCAACAGGACAGAUAUUUAGGAGAGUUUCAUUAACCUUUUGACCAUUACACUCCUUCUCUGCAUCAAUAAGUGGCUGUAUUUGAUCAUUUGGGGGUAGAAAUUAAUGUAAAGACAGACUAUGUGUAUGUACAUGCAUACACACACCACCCGGGACUGUAGAACAAGAGCACGUCUGGUGAAAUGACGGUGAAUUCAGUACAAACAAGCUGUGUUGUUACUGCCAUUUCAGACAGAAACCUCCUGUAAAAACAUAUUUGCCCCAUAACAAUCUCUCUAUCUCUGUUAUCACCAAGAUGUUUUUUUAUGAGUUCCUUUCUUUUUUUUAAAGCUCGAGCAAGGAGAAAAAUAUUUUGUUUGAUUUAAAAAUAAUAAUAAUUCAGCUACUUUUCCAGUUAAUUGUUCCUUUGGGCCCUAGUUGCUGAAUUGCUUGCUGUUUCUGAGGUGUAAAUAAACGUUUUGAUUUCUGACGUGGUUGCAAAGAAACUUGUAAUUUAUUUGUGAAAUGCUCAAAUAAAGGAUGUAUGGGCUUUUA